GUGUGUGUGUGUGAGUGAGCGAGCGAGUGUGUUUGUGUGAGAGAAAGAGUGUGUGUGUGUGAGUGGGAGAGAGGGAGAGAGAGAGACACAAACAAAACAGGUCUGUUGUAUACACAGCUGAUCAGUUUGCCCUUAGUUUGAGUGUUAACGCUGCAGUGCAUUAGCUCAUUGUGACAGAUUCACUACUCAUCACGGUCUAAACUCAAAGCCAUCGUGGACCGAGAAACCUAGAUGAAGUGUAAACUCGGACCUGAUUGUAUCUGCAGAACAUCUUCAUCUAUCAACAUGUCUGCACCUUGUAUGGACACGUGUGACCAGAGCUCACUUAGUCCUGCAUGAUGAUUCCUACUGAGCACAGUGGCUUCAAACAUGGCGGAGUUGGAUGGUGGGGAACUCUGUGUGAGUCGAACACAGAGCAGCAUGGCUAACAAUAAGAACAGCAACCUCCGCUGCACGUUCUCAGCUCCGAGUCACAGUAGCUCACUCCUGAGGGGACUUUCUGCUCUGCGAGACCAAGGCCAGUUGCUGGACGUAGAACUCGCCGUCAACAACGAAUGCUUCCGGGUUCACAAAGCCGUGCUGGCAUCCUGCAGUGACUACUUCAGAGCCAUGUUCACUGGCGGGAUGAAAGAGUCAAACCAGGCCACGAUUGAGCUCAAGGGUUUGUCGGCACGUGGCUUAAAGCACAUCAUCGAUUUUGCCUACAGCUCAGAGGUAACGCUCGACCUCGACUGCAUCCAGGAUGUGCUUGGGGCAGCUGUCUUUCUUCAGAUGGUGCCGGUCGUGGAGCUCUGUGAAGAGUUCCUGAAAUCAGCCAUGAGCGUCGAGACUUGUUUGAACAUCGGUCAGAUGGCUGCCACGUUUAGCUUGUCGUCUUUGAAAGAAUCGGUGGACGCGUUCACGUUCCGCCACUUCCUGCAGAUUGCCGAAGAGGAGGACUUCCUGCAUAUCCCCAUGGAGCGCCUGGUGUUUUUCCUCCAGAGCAACAAGCUGAAGGGAUGCAGUGAGAUUGAUUUGUUCCACGCGGCCAUCCGUUGGCUUCGGCACGAUGAUUCGCGCCGUCCCACGGCGAAUGAAGUUCUGCGGCAUGUACGCUUCCCUCUCAUGCGCUCCUCCGAGCUGGUGGACCGUGUGCAGACUGUAGACAUCAUGGUGGAGGAUGUAUUGUGCAGGCAGUACCUGCUUGAGGCCUUUAAUUAUCAGAUACUUCCUUUCCGCCAGCAUGAGAUGCAGUCGCCUCGCACCAUCAUUCGGUCAGACAUCGUCUCGCUCAUUGCUUUCGGGGGCACGCCGUACACUGACAAUGACCGUACAGUGAGCUCUAAGGUGUACUGCUUAGCUGAUAGCACAGCCAGGCAGUUCAAAGAGCUGACCAACAUGGAGACAGGCUGCAGCCACGCCUGCGUGUCCGUUCUUGAUAAUUUUGUUUACGUGGUCGGCGGCCAGCACUUACAGUAUCGCAGCGGCGAAGGUGCCGUCGACGUCUGUUUCCGAUACGACCCCCACCUCAACCAGUGGCUGCGCAUCAGGCCGAUGCAGGAGAGCCGCAUUCAGUUCCAACUCAAUGUACUGCAAGGACAGCUGUAUGCCACCGGGGGGCGCAACAGAUCCGGUAGCCUUUCAUCCGUAGAAUGUUACUGUCCCAAGAAAAACGAAUGGACAUAUGUGGAUUCACUAAAAAGAAGCGUAUGGGGACACGCAGGGGCAACAUGCGGAGAUAAACUUUAUAUCUCUGGGGGAUACGGGGUUUCCGUAGAGGAUAAAAAAUCUCUUCAUUGCUUCGAUCCUGCCACAAACCAGUGGGACUUCAAAUGCCCAAUGAACGAGCCACGAGUGCUGCAUGCCAUGAUCAGUGUAAACGAGCGGGUCUAUGCUCUCGGAGGACGAAUGGACCACGUGGAUCGCUGCUUUGACGUUCUAGCGGUGGAAUAUUACGUUCCAGAGACGGACCAGUGGACGUCGGUUAGUCCGAUGCGCGCAGGCCAGUCCGAGGCAGGCUGUUGCUUAUUGGACAGAAAGAUUUACGUUGUCGGAGGGUACAACUGGCAUCUGAAUAACGUCACAAGCAUUGUCCAAGUCUACAACACUGAGAUGGACGAGUGGGAGAGAGAUCUGCACUUUCCAGAAUCGUUUGCUGGAAUCGGUUGUACACCAAUUAUACUGCCUCAAUCUGCCACACAGAGAUGACUCCCUCGCUUAGCUGGAAAAUGUGAGGUGACCUUACAUGAAACCCAGAUCCUUCAAUUAGCUUCAUUUCGGUCGGUCGCAUUUGAGUUGAAAUCUGUUCUUUCUCUCUCUGCGCACCAGUGAAUCAUCACUAGUCUGUAUGCAGUGUUUGGGGGUUUUAUUUGGUUUGUUUGUUUUUUUAAUUAUAAGAACUAAUUAAGUGCUAAAGAAACACCAUUUCUUUACAAAUGUAUUUCAGUGGGAUGUGUUGCCACCUCACAGACCCUGGUUCGAUCCUGAGCUCGGGUUAAUGUCAGUGCGGCGUUGUGUACGUCUUGAACGGGUUUCUUCUUCCGGGUUCUCUGGUUUCCUCCCACUUCCUAAACCUGCUUAUGUGCUGUCUUCUUAAUGAAGAUUAACAAAAGACAUUAUUGAGUUUAAGUGCAGUUUAGGGUUAUUGGUUGUUUUCUGUGUUUUUUUGGGUUGCCUUUGUAAAAAUAGACAACUCUGGCAACCCUGUCAGCACACACAAAAACAAGGAACAGCAGUGGUUUAUUCUGAUUUAUUUCAUGACAGGAAAUUUGAAUUAGGAAGUAAACUUUCUUUUUCUAUUUGCAGCGAUGCAAGAAAUAUGUAAUUUAUUUAAAAGCUUUUUUUUUUGUUAGUGUUGUUGCCAGAAAUGCUCAAUUUGGUAGCAUUUUUUUUUUUUCAAAAAAUGUUUGAUUUUUGAGGGGGGUUUUUUUUUCACCUUGAAUUGGUGAAAUUGCACGCACAGGAUUCUUAUUUUAAACUCAGACACACAUUUAAUUCAUUUGUAUGAUCUCAAAAUUAAAAGGGGGAUUUGGUUGAAAACGUCACACAGCACGGAAAUCCUGCCCUAAUUUAAAAUCGUCAUAAAAUCGCAGAUAUACGGAGGGAAGAAAAAAAGACACAGUGUUUGUUCACUUUUGGUUCCUGGUUCUCUGUUAGAAAUAUACCGAUGACUUCAGGCCUUGCGAGGCCCUUUAUUAAGACAGUUGACGUACACCAUGCACCUUCUUGGACUGUUUAUCCAGAUGCUGAUGUAGACAGAGAAGCGUUUCCUGUUCUUUCUGCAACGGCAUAUAUGGUGUUUUUUUGUUUUUUUUUUAGACAAGACUCAUCGUACCCAAAUUUAAAUAUGUUCCUUUUUCUGCUACACGUACAUUUAAUUUACUUCUAUAAUUGAUGUAGUUUGUCUUAACGUACUAAGCACAGAACGACUCCUAAGCGUUCUUCAAGAACAUCCAGUUCCUACUGUAGGUGCGAUUACAUGACAAUGUAUUUCUCCUUGACUGUCUUUUGUAACCUCUUACAAAGUCAUUAAUAAGCACACCAGAUUCUUUUUCUAAUGCACUUUAUACUCGAUGAACCGAACACAGCCCUGCGAAAUCCAAGUGCCGACCGCAUUAGUUACCGUCACUGUGAUUUUUAUAUCUUAACAGAGAACGUUAACGUAACGGAUUAACACAAGGUCUCGCCGUAACGGUAGCGCUGAGCCUCCUGACUUCUGAAAACAAGAAACAAAAUCAUGUUGUGUUGUGAGGACUGAGUAAAGACCGAACCAGCAUGUUGUCUUUAUUUGAAUGUAUAACGAUCACCACAGUCUCGAGUACUGCAACAACACCACCGCGUUACUGCUGCACAGACGUAUUUUCUAGCUUCUGUUCGUCCUAUAAGAUUUGUAUCAGAUCGAUGUAUCAGACUCGUAUCGUUCAGCAUGCGUAAAUUUGUACACAAUUUGCCGUCAUUGGUUUCUAAUCUUUUUAUUAUUAUUAUUAUUAUUAUUAUUAUUAUUAUUAUUAUUAUUAUUAUUAUUAUUAUUAUUAUUUAAUAGACUUGCAAGCGAUUGUUCAACACAUGGCUCAAGAUCCACAGACAAGCGCCGCCAAGAUUGAUAAACCGCACCAAAUGUUUGCGGGCAAUCCAAGCAGACAGACUGAAGUACAAGGAAAUGAGCGAAGUGAAUUUAACAUUAAAAAAAAAAAGUGGUUAAUAUGAUGAAAUAGAAAGACUUUUAUUCCACUAAGCACUUUUUGAUUUCUUUCUGCUGGUGUGUUAUUGCAUUAUUAUUAUUAUUAUUAUUAUUAUUAUUAUUAUUGUUGUUGUUGUUAUUAUUCAUCAUCAUAGUGUUACAUUAGCAAUAUUCCAGUAAAGUAAAAUACCAAUUUUCAUCUUAAAUGCCCUUAAUAUUACCCAAAUAUAACUAAUUCUGGAUUUUCAGAAAAUUGCUGGAUUUACUGGAUCUAAUCGUGAUCGAAUUACUUGAAUGAAUUCCACAAGAAUCGGUUUCUUUGAAUGUAGAACAGUUUCAAUCCUGUUGAUUAAUGAAUACAAGAUGAGGUGUUUUUUAUAUAUAUUUUUUUUUUCUUUAACCAACUAUCAAGGCAAAGAAUAUAACCAUCACUGGAAAUCAUACUGGACGUUCAGCUCGAAUCGUUCCUGUUCAUGACAACUUUUUUCAUCACCGUGUAUUUUUCUUUCCUUCUCUUAGAUCAAUUUCAUCCAUCCGCUUCUCUCUUGUAAACGUGUAUCAGUCUGUUUACGGACAAUAUGUCGUAUCGUAUGUCGGGAAUGUCCUUAUUGCACUUAAAACAAUAUACUCUCUCUUUUAUAGGAACGUGUGUACACCUGCUUGUCCGUGUAGAGGCAGCACAAUGCAUGAAAAUGAGAGGAAAUUCCAAUUUCAUUAAUAAGUAAGAGGUGUAAAAUCAAAGAGAACCUAUUGGUCGGGAAAUAGCACCAAUAAAAACAUCUUGACGUGAUGUCAUGACUCGAUGAUGUCAUCUCCAGCUGUUGCAGCACAUCUGCAGCACAGAAUUCAAAAUGUACAUCCUGAGGUGCUUUUCUGCUCAGCAUGGUUGUACAGACUGUUAUUUGAGUCACUGUAAACUUCCUGCCAGCUCAAAACAGUCUGGCCUUUCCGAUCAGACGUCGAGGUGUUUCCACGCACAGACCAGAUGCUUUUUUUUUUUUUUUUUUUUUUUGUGUAGUCACCUGAGUUCACGUUUUUUAUCCACGAUGUGAUGUUUGAUCCGAACACUUACCGAAGUUCUGUGUUACACCUGAUUGGCUGAUUAUGAUAACCGAAGGCGCACUGAAGGUCUACAUAUGGGCCUAAUUAAUUGGUCACAAAUUGAGUGUUCUCCAGAGCUCGUGCUGCCAUAUUCUGUCCUAAACGUCAUCUCAGGCUUUCCGAUUCUUUCUCAACACUUCUAGUAGCGAUCGAUUGCUGUUUUGUAUUAAAAACAAAGAAUGUUUGUAAAAAUGCACGGAUAUCGUUCUUUUUUUUCCACCCUUGUUUCUGUGUACAUCCAGUAUUGCUGUGUCGGCAUGACGUGUACUGUAUAAAGCUUAGUGUUUCUGUAUCAACGUCAUGUCGUUUGCAGUGAAAGUUCAGCUACUUUCGUGUUGGCUUAAGCUGCCGAAUGUGUCGCCUCUCUGUAGCACCUUUUUUUUUACGAUUCUUACUCCCGUUCUCUUGUUAUAUUUUCUUUCUUUGUGUCCCGAUUAACAGUGUAUUUUACUAAUAACAUUAUUCAUUUAAUAAAACAGGAAAUGGACAGA